UAAUGAUUAAAAUUUAUAUAGUUUGUUAACAAAUUGUUAUAAGCGAACAUAUCGAAAACGUUGCGAAGUGUUCGGUACGAGAUAGUAGCUUUCUCUAGUUCUAUUUUAGAGUCUUUCGUACGGAGGGUAGAUCACCUUCUGCGUCGGAGCAUGCGUGAUCCUGAGAGAAGGGAUGGGAAAAAGUCGACCGUAAGAAUGUUUUAGUCGUUGCAGUGUCGAUAUCCGUUAAGUAUCGAUGGAUGCUGAUCAAGAUCUGAAUUUUGCGAUCGGAUGGAAUCGAUACAAUUUGAACAUCGUCGGCAUCUGGCCUAAUCCGUUAGAAAAUUCUAAGCAAAAGAGACUCUCCUUAUGUCGUUUCAUGAUAGCUAGCUUCUUCAUGCUAGGCUUUAUGUGCAUUCCGCAAUCAGCGAAUCUUGUAUUCAUUUGGGGUAAUACGAACCUGAUGACUGAAAACCUAGCGACCGCCAACAUUCCAGUUGCGACUGCUUUUGUGAAAGCAUUCACCAUGUGGCGUUAUAGAAAAGUUUUGAAGUCGUUGGUCGACUUCUUCUAUCAAGAUUGGCAUUCGCCGAAAACGUCGGAGGAAAGAACGAUUAUGCUGAAGAAUGCUAAGCUUGUCAGAAGGAUAUCCAUCUGGUGUACGAUACUGACACAAGUCAUGGUGACUAUUUACAUAAUUUUAAAAGUCUCGAUGGUCGCCAAGUUUUCACGAAAUGAUCCGGCUCGUCCUAUGCUUUAUUUGGCCUAUUUUCCUUUUGACAUUACUCCACGUCCAAUCUUCGAAUUGAUUUCCACAUGUCAGUGUCUAUCGGCUUACACCGCGGCAGUUUCUUACACCGGUAGUGACAGUUUCAUCUCCAUGCUGGUGCUCCACACCUGUGGCCAAUUCCAAAACUUACACGGCAGACUCAAGAAUCUCGCUAACGAACCGGGUGGAAUAAAAACGUCUAAGGAAUUUAAAAGUGAGCUGAAGCAAAUCGUAAAGAGACACGAGCAUUUAAACUGGUUUGCAAAAACGAUCGAGGAAUCUUUUAAUAUGGUGCUUUUAAUACAGAUGCUUUCUUGUACUAUACAAUUGUGCUUUCAAGGAUUUCAGGUUUUUAGAAUAUUAAUGAACGAAGAAGAAAAUGGAUCGGUAACCUUUGAAUUAAUUUUUUUACUCAGUUAUAUAGCAUUUAUUUUAGUUCAUCUGUAUAUUUAUUGUUACAUCGGUGAGAAGCUAAUCGUGCAAAGUACCAACAUGGGAUUUGCUGCGUAUGAAUCGAACUGGUUUAAUGUGGCAGGGAAAGAAGCAAGAGAUCUUCUAUUUAUCAUGCGCAGAUCGGCAACUCGGCCUCUUUGUUUAACUGCUGGGAAAUUCAGCAUAUUUUCUUUACAAAUGUUCAGUACGAUUGUGAGAACUUCACUCGGUUAUCUCUCGGUAUUACUUACUGUAACCGACCGAAAACAAUAACUAACAAUAACUAUUGUAAAGCAGUUAUCAUUAAACAAAAAUAUUAAAAAAAUAUA